AUGGGCAGCCUGCUUUGUAGGUUUCUUCGCCCUCCCCGCCGCCGGCCCCUGCCCGGCCGCGGUCGCCCGCUGCUCACCCCUGCCUGGGACACCGCCCAUCCUGGCCGCGACCACCCCGCCGUUCCUGCACCUGCCCCCUGCUCUGGGCGCAGGCCAUUCCUCCGGGAUCGCAGGCCCCCACCAGCUCGCUGCCACGUGGAGCCCAGGAGGCGGUACCCGCUCCCCCAGGCCGCGUGCCCCCCUCUGGGCCUCCUCCCCGUGGUGAACUGGAGGAACCCUCCGGGUCAACCUGUGCUGGCUGCGCGCAGUUCCCUGGGGUGCGGGCCCUCGAGGACUGUGAGGAUCCCUGCUCUGGGGCGCAGGUUCCGGCUCCUGCAUUCCCUACCUGCACAGGAAGCCAAGGCUGCGAGUCAGGUACCAUCCCCUCCCCUCCCCCUUUGCAGCCCACAGGGGGUGGAGGAGAAGGUCCCAGAGCACCCCGGAGAACAGACCGAGGCUCUUGGUGGGAGUGGCCGCCCCCAGAGCAGUGGGGGGACACCCCUGACAUCUGAGCCCCCGGACACCAGUGGCGUUCUCCGCCUCCACCAAGCCAGCCCUGCAACUCUGGACCGCCGUCUCGUGCCCUCCGGAGGGAGCUCGUGGGACAGCACCCAGAUGGCUCCCGUGUCCUCCUCUGAAGGCCGCGUUGCCACCUCUUCAUGUGGCCCCGUGGGAGAUGCCCUCGCGAAGGCCGACAGGGAUGCGGCAGUGCUCUGGGGCCCAACCGCAUGCCGCCCCUUGCCGCAGGAGACGUGCACACAGGCGGCGGUGGCUGAAGACCAUCAGCCUGGGCAGAGCACGCGGGCCGGAGCGAGGAAGGACACGCAGGCUGAGAAGCCCUCGGGCGUGUCGCCACGGAGCCCUCUCCCACCAGCACCUGCCAGCAGGAGGCAGAACAAGAGGAAAAUGGCCAUGCCCCUCUGUCUGCCAUUGCCGCCACCACUACCGCUGCUGUGGGAUCGAGGGGACUUGCCCGCACCCCCGAAGCUUCCUUGCGUGGCUCUUGACAAGGACCCAGGCACCUUGCCGAACACCGAGUGUCCCAGGAACACGACCUUGAAGGACAGAACAAAGACCUUGGCAGACUGCAGGGCCGCUCAGCCUGCCCCCUCCUCCCCCCCACUGGCCUCGGAGACUGCAGGCUCCCCGCCCCUGGCCGCUCACGCUGCCCACGGCCCUGUUCCUCCCACCGACUUGGCUGGCCCUUCUGCCAGGCCCCCGAUCCUCUCUGUCCCGCCGUCGUCCCCAACACGACAUGCUGGUCGGGAAACAGGACAUGGAGUUCCUGAAUCUCCUCCCCUGGCUGUUCCCGCCGAUUCUCUUCCUCCCCUUCCUUCCAGUCCCAUUAGGGAAACUCCACUUGGCGGAGGUCCUCCUCCCCCAGGCAGGGCUACGACACCCACCUCUGACCGCCCCACACCUUCGAACACCUCAACCUCCUUACACCCACCCUCCUGCACAAAAGAAUCCCCAACCCCCAUGUGUGUAGACUCUCCCCCUCUCUUCCUGACAGCCCCUCUCCCAGGCCACUCCACACAUAGCUCUGUCGUUGCAGUCCAGCCCGGCACCUCUAAACCGACUUCUUCUCCCACCGCAGCAAAGUCAUCUGCUUUGACCUCCAAGCCUAUUUCCAAUCCUGGUGUCGUGGACAUGGACACUACGUCCCCUUCCCGGGCUGUCAUCUUCAGCUCGCCCCCACACUCCGGGAUGAGCUGUCCUCCGUUUUCCCGGGGCCAUUGCAGUAUGAAGCAGAGAUGCCCUGCGAAAGUUGCAGCAUCCACCAGUCUAACUACGUCGAUGGCCCCCGGCCCCACACCACUUGCUGAUCAACUCUUCAGCCUCCACAUCACCCCUCAGCCCACACAUGGGACUCUUGCUGGGAGACAGCAAACAGCUGUUCUUCCCAGUGCUCCUAUCGCCACUGGCUUGCCCAACCUGAGUUCUGGGGCCACCACCACUCCAGUAGGCAGCACCUCUGCAAACACCCAACCUCACUCUGACGCCGAGGCCAUGGAUACCACAUCGCCCUCCCGGGCUGUCAUCUUCCAGACCCCCCUGGGUCCCAGAAGAACCACUUGCCACUUUACAGGGCGCUUCCUGGUUCUGUCAGCCAUCAUACAGGCCUCCGUUUGGAUGCAUCCUAACCCAGGAAUCGCCCCUCACUCUGACCCCGAUGCCAUGGAUACCACAUCUCCCUCCCGGGCUGUCAUCUUCCAGACCCCCCCUGGGUCCCAGAAGAACCGCUUGCCACUGUACAGGGCGCUUCCUGGUUCUGGCAACACACCACCCGGUAGCAGCACUGCCUUGGCCCAUGGCUCUACCAGUUUCCCUCAAAAGUCAGCCAUCAUACAGGCCUCCGUUUGGAUGCAUCCUAACCCAGGAAUCGCCCCUCACUCUGACCCCGAUGCCAUGGAUACCACAUCUCCCUCCCGGGCUGUCAUCUUCCAGACCCCCCCUGGGUCCCAGAAGAACCACUUGCCACUGUGCAGGGCGCUUCCUGGUUCUGGCAACACACCACCCGGUAGCAGCACUGCCUUGGCCCAUGGCUCUACCAGUUUCCCUCAAAAGUCAGCCAUCAUACAGGCCUCCGUUUGGAUGCAUCCUAACCCAGGAAUCGCCCCUCACUCUGACCCCGAUGCCAUGGAUACCACAUCUCCCUCCCGGGCUGUCAUCUUCCAGACCCCCCCUGGGUCCCAGAAGAACCACUUGCCACUGUGCAGGGCGCUUCCUGGUUCUGGCAACACACCACACGGUAGCAGCACUGCCUUGGCCCAUGGCUCUACCAGUUUCCCUCAAAAGUCAGCCAUCAUACAGGCCUCCGUUUCGAUGCAUCCUAACCCAGGAAUCGCCCCUCACUCUGACCCCGAUGCCAUGGAUACCACAUCUCCCUCCCGGGCUGUCAUCUUUCAGAAAAACAGUUGCCCCAACACAGGCUAUCGGCCUGGCCACUCCUAUAACUCAGCCACCCGGAGGGACCGCAAUGCAAUCGGGGUUUGCGGGCCUCCUUUUGGCACCACUGUCAACAAGCAGACGGCCUUCGGUACCACUGGGAUCCCUAGCACUGGGAACAGUAGCUCACCAGUUACAGGUACCACUACAGGCCCACAGACUGUCAUGGGGCCUGCAGUCCCCAGUGGCUUACCAGUCACGGCUACCACUACAGGCCCACAGAGCUUUGUGGGACCUGCAAUCCCCAUGGAUGGACUUAAUGUGCCCAUGCCAGAUUCCAUUCGCUCACAGGUGUCAGGAGCAUUCAACGUUGGAGCUGGACUGAAGGGGACAUCCAGCACCCCUUCCGCUCGUCCUCUUGUUCGGAUAGCCUCCAGUCCAUCGCAUGGAAGUCCAGCUGCUGCUACAAGAAGGGCAAGUACUGUCCCAGUAAUGGGACAUGCUUCUAGUGCCACAUUAAGUCCAGGCACCAGGGGCCCACCUGCCCAAAUCACAGACAGCACUGUGAUGGGAAACAGCAUCAUUCCCCCUGUUGGAGGCGCUAGUGUGCCCAUUGCCCAGACAUGUCCCAAAGGGUCACUAGGACGAACAAAAUCCGGGGAAGGAACCCCCCCAAGCCACAGCACUUCUCCGUGUGGAAACGCCACCACCACAAAGGUCUUUGUGUCAAAGGUCGUGCGUGUUUCCCUCUUACAGAGCACCAGGGCCUUGCCUGGCCACACGACCUCACUUUUAGUUGCAAGAAGCAGCACCGAGAUCUCAGUGCUUCGAUGCACUUCUAGUUCUACCUUGCCGCCAGGCACCGGGGCCCACCUGCCCAGCAUGGAAGUGGUGUGA